UGCUCUUUAGUGAUGGCGGCGCCCUCGGUUGUCAUGCCGCUGCUCAGCAGGUUGUUAUGCCGGGUACAUGGGCAUCCUAUCCGGCCUCUGUGUUCUGGGAGAUACCGCGCUAAUCCUCUGAGGGCGGAGGAGAGGCCGGCGGCGGCCGGGGACAUGGCGCCAGUAGACACAAAUCUCCUAAAACAGUUCCCGUCUCCGAAGAACUUGCUGCACUGCGUCAUCAGCCAGGGCCUGCGGACAUCACAGGUGCGGGACAAGCUGACCUACACCCACAGCGGCAGCGGCAGCAAAAACAGAGUCACUCUUCGCCUAAAAUGGCCAAAACUCAUUGAAGUAGAAGGUUAUGGACCAAAAAAGAUCGAUGCGGAGCGGCAGGCGGCGGCCAUGGCGUGUAAAAUACUACAGGAUCUUGGAUUGCUGGGGCCGAGUGAUCCAGUGCAGAUCAGAGAGGAUGCGGAACCCGUCUCUUCACGGACAAGAACGAGGAUCCGAGAGUCCAGGGUUGUCCCAGUGGAAGUGUCUGAUGGAGAUGCAGAAGCCGCCCGGUGUCUCCGUGUGUUCUCCAAUCCCAAACAUCUGCUCUCCUCCGUCAUUCAAGUGGCCACCUCAUGCAGUUCUGCGGAUUACGUGAAAUACGAGCACGUAGGAGGACGAAUCAAGACCUGCCAUCUGACCCUCCACUGGCCCGAACCUUUGACCUUCGUUGCGAGGGGCCAGCGCCGGACUGAAGCUGAGAGGAAAGCUGCCGCCCUCGCCUGUCAGAAGCUAAAGGACCUGGGACUCCUCGACCCCCACAAUCAGCCCCUGACUAACGUCAUGUACAACAUCUCAUCAGUGCAGAAAGUUAAAGAACAGCAUAGACAAGCAAAGAGGUUCCAGGUUCCCGAGCACCUGCUGCAGAGGAUUGAGGAUUAUUUCUGGAGGUUUCCCUUAGAGCCCGGCACUCGAUCAAGUUUCCAAGAAAAUUACGAUGAGGCCUCAUCUAUGGAGGCGUCAGAUGAGUCCUGUGCGUCCUCUGAUUUCUCUGACCCAAUCACCGGCCGCCCGUACACCCCGCUAUCUGAGGCCGAAGCUUCCCAUAUCAGCCGCUCCCUGGAAGAAAGGUGGGACAGCAGUAUCGCCCUACAGGAGCUGCCCACUGACGAGCAUCGUGAGCUCAUCCUGUCCGCCAUUAAGAAACAUCAAGUGGUUGUGAUCGCCGGGGACACCGGAUGUGGCAAAACCACCCGCAUCCCACGCUACAUCCUGGAGGACGCUAUCCUGUGUGGCCACGGCGCUCAGUGUAACAUGCUAAUCACUCAGCCCCGAAGGAUCAGUGCCGUGUCCGUGGCUCACCGUGUGGGCCAAGAAUUGGGGCCGAGCCUUCGCCAUAACGUGGGCUAUCAGGUCAGACUGGAGAGUGAUCUGCCGCCACGCGGGGGCGCCCUCCUCUUCUGCACUGUUGGGGUGCUGCUAAAGAAGCUGCAGACUAAUCCAGAGCUGGAAGGGGUGAGCCACGUGGUGGUGGAUGAGGUGCAUGAGCGGGACGUGAACACGGACUUCCUGCUUAUCCUCCUCCAGCAAGUUCUAGACUUGAACCCCAACAUCAAGAUCGUCCUGAUGAGCGCCACCGGCGACAACGAACGCAUCUCCCGCUACUUUGGAGACUGCCCGAUUGUAAGGGUGCCGGGAUUUAUGUACCCCGUGAAGGAGCAUUAUCUGGAAGAUAUCUUACCUGUGCUGGGACGGAGGUCCUACCAAAAGCCACAGACUCGUGAGGAAUGUGUCCCGGACCUGGAUCUGAUCAGUGACGUCAUCCUUCAAAUCGACAAGUGUGGCCCUCCAGGGGGGAUUCUCUGCUUCCUUCCCGGCUGGCAGGAGAUUCGCCGCGUACAAGAGAUUCUGCAGCAGCAGAGGAACAGACAGCACCUGAUCCUACCAGUUCACUCCAACGUCCCCUUGAUGAACCAGCAGGCCAUAUUCGAGUCCCCGCCUCCUGGCGUUCGUAAAAUUGUCCUUGCUACAAAUAUCGCGGAGACGUCGGUCACCAUCGACGACAUCGUACACGUGGUCGACACCGGAAUGCACAAAGAACAGCGGUACGACCUCAAGACAAAGGUCUCAUGUUUGGACACCACCUGGGUGUCUAAGUCCAACGUGACCCAGAGACGUGGCCGAGCCGGACGCUGCCAGCCAGGGUUCUCCUACCAUCUGUUCACCCGCGAGCAGCAUCAGGCCAUGCCCACCUUCCAGGUGGCGGAGAUACUACGGAUACCAUUGGAGAACCUGGUGGUCCAGGCCAAGAUUCACACCCCAGAGAUGACGGCUGUAGAGUUCCUCUCUCAAGCCCUGGAGAGUCCCGACCGCCACGCUGUCAUGGACGCCGUGCGAUUCCUGCAGGAGAUCAGUGUCCUGGAUAAAAAUGAAGAGCUGACGCUGCUAGGCCAACGUGUCGCCAGCAUCUCGACUGACCCCAGCCUAGCAAAGGCCAUUGUGCUGGCCUCUAUAUUCCGCUGCCUGCACCCGCUGCUGGUCAUCGUGGCCUGUCUCACCAAGGACCCGUUUCAGGGUGGAAUAAUGAACAGGACAGAAGUGAACAAGGUGAAGACUAUGUUCAGCGGGCAGUCGUGUAGUGACCACCUGGCAUUUGUCCGGAUUUACCAAACCUGGAAGGAGGUGCUCGGUACAAGGAACAACGCCGCUCGGGAUGACUUUGUGGAAGAUAAUGUGCUCUCCAAAUCUGCGCUGCGCUUCAUCCAAGGUCUCGUCGCACAGUUUUCCUCCAACGUGCAAGACGCCGCCCUGGUAGAUGAAGCACAUGAAUGCAUGAACCGAUCCGCCCUGUGCAACCAGCUGAGCGACCAGGAGGAGCUGGUGAAAGGGAUUCUACUGGCCGGGCUGUACCCCAAACUUAUACAGGUGAGACGAGGGUACGUGGUCCGAGGGAAGUUCCGGCCCAGUAGCCUCCUGUACAAAACCAAAUCAGGACCCGUGCAGUUGCACAAGAGCACUGUCAACAGGGACGUGAAGAAUUUCGUCAUGCCCUGGCUCACCUACUUCCAGGCCGUCAAGUCUUCCAAUGUGGUCUUCGUACGGGACAGCGCCAUGGUUCACCCCCUGGCUGUUCUCUUGCUGACUGACAGCUCUGUCUCUAUGAGAGAUAACGGAGAACAGAUGGUGGUGUCUCUUUCUGAUACGGAUCUCCUGAAGCUGGAGAGUGACCCCCGCACUAUCGCACUCAUCGGAGACCUGCGCUGCGCCUUGUCCCGGAUGGUGGAGCGCAACCUGCAGGAUCAGCUCCCUCCACUGUCCUUCCAGGAAGAGGGGCAAUAUACUGAGCUGCUGCAUAUCCUGGUAGAUCUGCUGAACGGCACAGCGCACUGCUUUACGGAGCAGGCGGCGGCCGAGGAGUGAGACCAGCGCCCGACAGAACACUUAUUCCUGUGGAAGGUUAUUUGGCUCCUGGUUUUCGGGGAGGGAUGUGGAAUGAGGAUUCCUUUCAUUGCUCUGCGUUUUAAGCAGGGUUUGGGGGGUUUAUUCUAUAUAUACGCACAAAGUGCCCGGUUGGCCUCGUGUUUCUUCAGGUUCCGUAUUAAACAGC